CAGACAUUUCUGAACUCUGAUAAAAUUCCAAUGGCUUCUUCUUCUUCUUCUAAGCUUCAUCUCCACCACACAAAUUAACUCCUAAACAACUUCCAUAUGCCAUAUCCAUGGCUACCCUUCAAGCUUCAUAUCUUUCUUCAUUCAACACUACAAUUUCCACCAUUAAAGUUCACACCUUUAAGCCAUUCAAACUCACCUUUUCUUUAAAUGAAUCUCAAUCUCCAAAACCCAUUUCACCUGACACAAAAUCUGAGCCUGAGUCAACGGCUCCUGUUGACCCAGUUAAGCUUGCUUUUGCUAAAGCUAUGAAGUACAAGAACUCGACUCAGUCCACCCCUGAUUUGAAAAUUGAUAAUGGUGCUGGUGAUGUGACCGAGAAAAUGCCUGAGUCAGAUAUGGUUUCCAGAAACGAAAUUUCAGUGCCCAUUAACUUUUUAGGAUUGAAGGAAAAUGGUGAAAAUUCAAGUGGUGGGACUGUGGAGAAGAAAGGUGGCAAGAAAGGAGAGCUUUCAGUUUCAAGCCUUGAUUUUGUGGGACUAAACUUUGCUGAUAAGAAGACUGGUAGGGGGCUUCCAGCCGGGUUAGCUCCAAUCUCAGAUCCUUUUCCAGAAGGAGACAUUCCCGAGGUGGAGUUUAUUGUUGGAGAUUCAAGUAAGUUCAUUGAUGAUGCAAACUCAUCAAAUGUUGAUGCUCAAGGAGAUAUGUCUGAUGUUUACAAGCCAAAGGUGUCUUCUUGGGGAGUAUUUCCUAGACCGAGCAACAUUUCGAAAACGUUUGGUGGUGGGCGAGUGAUUAAUCCCGAUGAAGCGCUUGAAACAGCCGAAGAGAGAGCGGCUAAAGAUGCUCGUACGAAGGAAUUGAUUGCUGCUUAUAAGAGGCAGUUUGGGUUGAAUAUUGAUCCGAAACUCAAAGCUGAGUGUGAGAAGGCUUUGAAUGAUGGUGAGUCAUUGAUGAAUAUUGGAGAGCUUAAGGAAGCAUUACCUUAUUAUGAAAAGAUUAUGGAGAAGUUGCCAUUCAAGAGCGAACUCUAUGGAUUAGCAGCUCUGCAAUGGUCUAUUUGUGAAGAUUCACUAGGAAGGCGAAAUGAAGCUCGAGUAAUGUACGAAAAGCUUCAAUCGCACCCAACUGCUCGAGUAAGCAAGAAAGCAAGGGAAUUCACUUUCAGUUUCCAGGCCAUGGAAAUGAUGAAGUUUACAACAAGCUCACCUUAUAUGAAGAACACAGGUUACCAAAAUUACUUUGAAGCCUUUGUUGAAAAAAAAUCUAACUACCCAAUUAAAGAUGUUGAAGAUGAUGAUGUAGUUGGUUCAUUGAGUCAAACUCUUACCUAUAUAUUUUUACUUGUUUCACCCAUUUUUCUGGUUUUGUUCAUUGCUGUACAAAAGAGAAUAUAAUAAAUGAAUUGAAAAUAUAGAGAAUAAUAGUAUAGAUUGUAUGACAAGUAUAAUCAUCAAUUACUUCAACACUUUGUGUUAUGUAUAAUGUUGUAAUUCAUUCAACCCAUUUGUACUAAAUGAAUAAAUAAUAAUAAUAAAAAGAAAGCUUGUUAUAUAA